CGAACUUUGCAUCGCAAUGGUCUAGCCUGCCAUGGAUGUGCCUGGCUUUGCCGUGACCUGGGGUCGUUGCCAAUGGUGUGGCACGCUCACAAGGUCGGAACCAUAGUUCAAAGAUGUCCAGACUAGCUGGUUUGCUAUCGCUGGCAGCUGUCUCUGGACUCCUGACAUUACUGGCAGCAUUUUGGCUCGGAAGGCGCCAAAAGUCGACCUUAGUCGAGCCAUCUCCAAGUGCAGUUCUACUGCAAAAGCUGGGAAGAUGGCACUACAGGAGACAUCAGGGAUCCCAAGCCUUGCUUGCAUACCACUGGGCACGGCAGGCCCAGAUCAAGGCCAAUGCGGUGCACUCGAUUCUUACCCCUAUUUUGUUGUACGACAUUGGAGCUGCUAUGGAUGCCACCGCAAGUCAAUUCGCGUUGACCCAGAAGCUCCUUGUGUAUGAGGAACUUGCUUCAAUCUUGGAGCAGUUCUCUUGGGAGGAGCAUUUGGGUGAGCUGACCGAUCAAACAGAAAUGAUGAGGGACAUCGGCAUGGCUGCUCUGGGAAUCAAAGAGGUCGAAUUGGAGAUCGGUUCUUGGCAGGCUUCCUUGAGGCUGUGCUUGGCCACAAACUGUGGAGAAACCAUCCGACAUGCUGAGAUCCUACUGCGGGUGGGCGUUGCUACGUCCAAAAGGCCCAACCAGGAGGACCACCUAGACAAAGUUCUAAAGGCCUACGAAGAGGCAGAACGAAUCUUCGAGCAGCUGGAUCAGAGACAACAUCAGCUAUAUGCCAUUCUUGUCCACAACUUUGGUGCUACCUAUGGUCAGCGGGGAAAUCGUAGAGGCGAAAAGGACUAUUUUGAGAAGGCGCUGCAGAUCUACCGAAACACCACGACCAACUACACCGAGACCUACACCAGCCUCUUGUACGAAGUAUCCAUGGCCAGAGAAGAGAUGGGUGAUGCUGAUGGAGGUCUUGAAGCUUUCAAUGAGGCAGAAAGAGCCUUCCUGCAUAAUCCAAGCAUCGGCGAGAGGUUGCGGCCAACUCAUAUCACUUCCAUCGGCGACAUGCGGCGAAAUGUUGGCAAUUUGGCUGGAGCCCUGCACGCAUAUGAAGUAGCGGAAAAGGUGCACCAGCGCAUGAGGACUCUGGACAGCCCCGAAGGAGUAACUCUGCAGAAGGCUCUCGAGGAGGUGAGAAGCCAUAUAGCAAGACUUCCUGAAAAGGUGCGCUGGAUGACUCUCAGGGAAUUGGAGACGCAUCGUCGGCCAAUGCAGCCCGCCAGCCGCACAGACUUCGAGGAAGGUCUCUACUUGCAGCAUGCUGGCAGAUAGCCGGCUCCGUGUCGAUCCUUCCAGAAACGCGUGGACUGACGCACUGACACUGAGUCAAACACACGACGCCCAGAGAAGCCUCAGAGAAGCCUCAGAGAAGCCUCAGAGAAGCUUCAGAGAAGCCUCAGAGAAGCCUCAGAGAAGCCAGAAGCUCAGCGAAGCUCAGCGAAGCUGAGCAAAGCUGGGUUCAUCUUCGGACUCGUUUGCUCAGCAGCUUGCGGCCGAUGGUCUCGAACGCACAGGGUGCUUCGAGACCAGUGAGUCAACU